UUUUUUGAAAUUUUAUUUAGUCAAUUCAGAACAUUAUUCCUUGGUUACAAGAAUCAUAUUUCUUUUCAUCCCUCUCCUUCCCUCACCCCUUCCACUGGGUUUUACAUGUGUCCUUGAUCAGAACUUAUUUCCAUGUUGUUGAUAUUCAUUUAGAGUCUACAUCCCCAACAAUAUCCCUUUGACCCAUGUAUUCAAGCAGUUGAUUUUCUUUGGUGUUUUUACUCCCACAGUUUUUCCUCUGAAUGGGGAUAGUUUUCUUUCUCAUAGAUUCCUCCAGGUUGUUCAGGGUCAUUGCAUUGCCACUAGUGGAGAAGUCCAUUACAUUCGAUUGUACCACAGUGUAUCAGUCUCUGUGUAUAAUAUUCUUCUGGUUCUGCUCCAUUCACUCUGCAUCAAUUCCUAGAGGUCAUUACAGUUCACAUGGAAUUCCUCUACUUUAUUAUUCUUUUGAGCACAAUAGUAUUCCAUCACCAACAUAUGCCACAAUUUGUUCAGCCAUUCCCCAAUUGAAGGGCAUCCCCAGGAGUUAUUUUUAAGACCUUUCCUUCUGCCUUAGAAUCAAUACUAAGUAAGUAUCAGUUCCAAGGCAGAAGAAUAGUAAGGGCUAGACAAUUAGGGUUAAAUGACUUGCCCAGGGUCACACAGCUAAGUCUCUGAGGUCACCUUUGAACUCAGGACUUCCCAUCUCUAGGGCUGAACACUAAGAAUUUAACUAUCAACUCUUUUUGAAGCCAGUGGGAAUUGGUUCCAAAACACUCCUAACUGAAUCUCAACUCCUUGAUAUUCUUAUACAGUUUCUAUUUUCAACAAUUUUUCUUUUUCAUUCUAAACCUGAAAAACAUGAACUAGGAUGAUAGGUGGCACUGUGUUUAGUAUUGGACUUGGAGUCAAGAAAACAUGAGUUCAAAUUCUACCUCAGACAUUGACUAGCUAUAAGAUCCUAAGCAAAUCAUUUAACUCUUUUCAGUCUGUUUUCUCAUCUGUAAAAUGGGGAUAAUAAUAGCACCUAGCUCAGAAAGUUGUUAUGAGGGUUAAAUGAAAGCAUAUGUAAGGUACUUUGCAUAUAUUAAAGCACUAUAUAAAUACUUUUGUUGUUCAGUCAUUUCAGUCCUGUUGAUUCUUCACAUCCCCAUUUGGAGUUUUCUUGGCAGAAAUACUAGAAUGGUUUGCUAUUUCCUUUUCUAGCUUAUUUUACAGAUGAGAAAACUGAGGCAAAUGGGGUCAAGUGACUUGCCUAGAGUCACACAGCCAGUAAGUGUUUGAGGCCAGAAUUAAAAUCAAGAAGAUGAGUCUACCUUGACUCUAGGCUAGUUAGUCCAUCCACUGCACCACUUAGCUGCCCUACAUAAAUGCUAACUACUCAUCAUUAUUAUUAUGAAUAAAUAAAGCAUGUAUUAUGUUUUUAGUAUCCUUUCCUAAGGCACUAUGAUAAACAUUGGGGACACAUAAAAAAGGCGUUUUUGUUCUCAACGAGCAUACACACUUUAAUAAGGAAACACAUGGAAAGUUUCAACUACAAAUUAAAUGAAAAGGUCCCACAAUUUCUUGGGGUUCAGUAUCAAAGUAGAUGUUACCAUCUCUCCUUUAAUGUCAUUUAUACUGAUAAAGUCAUAUUGAUCUGACUAUGCCAAUUUGAAAUUAUGAGAUUACAAAUUCACAUUAGUAUUGACUUAUCCACUCCCCUUUGCUCUAGACCCUGUGACUUUAGGGUACAGGGUUCAUUAUGUCUAUAUGAAGUCAAUUAUUUAAUAAGUUAAUUAAUCAAUAAACAUUUACCAAGUACCUUUGUGCCAGACACUGUGCUAAGUGCUGAAGAUGUCAAAAAGAGGCAAAGAAGUCCAUUAAGGAGUUUACCAAUGGGGGAGGGGGAAUACAACAUGCUAACACAUAUGUAAAGAGUAAGUUAUAUAUAAGAAACAAGAAAUAAUUAAUAGAAGUAAGGUAUUAGAAUUAGGAGAGGUUGUGAAAGCUUCCCUUGAAAAAGAGAUUUUAAUUGCAACUUAGAGGAAGCCAGGAAAGUCAGUAGUCAAGAGUUGAGGACGGUGAGCAUUCACAGCUGGAGAAGACCUGAGAGGUGGAGAGCCUUGCUUGGGGAACAGAAGGUCAAUGUCACUGUUUCAAAGAGUACAUUAUGAGGAGUAAGAUGUACUAAAACUGGAAAGGUAGGAGAGGGCUAAUUAUGAAGGAAGUUAAAUGCGAAACUAAAGAUUUUGGAUUUGCUCCUGAAGGUAAUGGGGAGCCACUUGACAUGAUGCUCUAGGAAAACACCUUUGGUGAUUAAAUAGAGAGAGGAUGGAUUGAGUGAGGAAAGUGUUGAGGGAGCCAGACUCACCAACAGUCCACUGCAGUAUUCCAAGUAUGAGUACUGAAUGUACUAGAGUGGUGGCCGAGUGAGAGGACAGAAAGGAGCCAGAAAUGGGAAAGUGAAAUAAGCAAACAGAUUGGAAGGGGUUGGGGGGACGGGAGUAAAGGGGAGUGAGAGAUAAGGGGAGUGAGGAGUCCGGGAUAAGGCCUGACAGGACUUGGGGGUGGUGGAUGAUGUCCUCUAGUGCGAUGGGGAAGGUAGGAGGGGGCGGAGCGGGAGAUAAGGAAUGCGUUCUGUUUGGGGCGUGUUGAGUUUAGAAUGUCUCCAGGACAUGCUGUUUAAAAUGCCUAAAAGGCAGUUGGAUAUGUGAGAUUGGAAGUCAUCAGAGAGUAUGGGGCAGGAUGGGUAGAUUUGGGAAUAAUCAGCAGUGAUUGUAAUUAAAAACAUGGGAACUGAUUAGUGAAGUAGUGUAGAAGAGAAAAAGGCACAGGACAAAACCUUGAGGGGUCACUUAGAUUUAGAAGGCACGAUAUGGAUAAGAUGCAAAGAAAAGAAUUGCAUAAUGAAAUUGUGUACUAGUUAAAAUAUUUAACAAGCUAGUAACAAAGUGGCCUUGCAGUCUUCGGAAUUCUUCCUUCUUUUUUCUCGUACUGUUUCACUUAAUUUUUUUUUUUGCCUUUAUCGUCAGCAUCAGCACCCUUCCACUCUCUACUCCUCAGUGAAGGCCGCUCUGGUAACGAAGUCUGUCCAGUCAAGCAAAGCAUUGUUUGUCCAUUGAUUUUGUCCGAAGAAUCAACGACUCAACCAGAACUCGUUACUAAAAACAUGUUCAAUUCUUCCCCUUUUCCAACCAAGUCUCAAGUUCCUGGCAAUUUACUGAGCAUGUGCGAAGAUGUACGCAUGCUUAGUAGCCUUUGCGAAGUUCUAGCCUGGCCGGGCCAGGGCGGGCCCAGGUUGAGGCGCGGAGGGGUGAGGCUCUCUUCUGACCUAAGCGCUCAGACGCUUUUUGUUACCGUCAAGUAAGCCUGAUGCGAAGGCAAGAGUGAGUCGCAAAAGGUCGCAGCGUGGUGGUUCCCGUCAGGCUCCAGGGCAGAGCUGAGUCAGAGAUGUCAGGGACGGCUCGUGGGGAAGUCUCUGGUCCGUCAAGCGGCUUCGCCAAGCGAGUCCUGGUCACGGGCGGUGCUGGUUUCAUUCACUUCAGAAUCCUCUAACAAUUCUAUCUUGGCUGGGGAUGUCAUAGGCAUCCAAUCAAGAAGGAUUACAUCAAGCUUGAGAGAGAUAUAAAGUUUAAAUAAAACGACACCGCCCUCGUUUAUUUUACUGUUUAAAAUAAAGUGCAUCACAUUUGAUAGUCUCUCUAGUAGAAGAUUAUCCAGACUAUAUGAUCAUAAAUCUUGACAAGCUCGACUACUGUGCAAGCCUGAAAAACCUUGAAACCAUUUCUAACAAACAGAACUACAAGUUUAUCCAGGGUGACAUUUGUGAACCUCAUUUCAUAAAACUGCUUUUUGAAACUGAGAACAUAGAUAUAGUGCUUCAUUUUGCAGCUCAAACACAUGUAGAUCUUUCAUUUGUUCAUGCCCUGGAGUUUACCUAUGUCAAUGUUUAUGGCACCCAUGUUUUGGUGAGUGCUGCUUAUGAAGCCAGAGUAGAGAAGUUCAUUUAUGUGAGCACUGAUGAAGUAUAUGGAGGUAGCCUUGAUGAGGAAUUUGAUGAGUCUUCACCAAAACAACCUACAAAUCCUUAUGCAUCAUCCAAAGCAGCUGCAGAAUGUUUUGUACAGUCUUACUGGGAACAAUAUAAGUUUCCAGUUGUUAUCACACGGAGUAGUAAUGUUUAUGGACCACAUCAAUAUCCAGAAAAGGUUAUUCCAAAAUUUAUAUCUUUAUUGCAACACAACAGAAAAUGUUGCAUUCAUGGUUCAGGGCUCCAAACAAGAAAUUUCCUUUAUGCUGCUGAUGUAGUGGAAGCCUUUCUCACUGUUCUAAAGAAAGGAAAACCAGGUGAAAUUUAUAACAUAGGAACCAAUUUUGAGAUGUCAAUUGCACAACUUGCCAAAGAAUUAAUACAAUUGAUCAAAGAAACCAAUUCAGAGUCUGAAAUGGAAAAUUGGGUUGAUUAUGUUGAUGAUAGACCUUCCAAUGACAUGAGAUAUCCUAUGAAAUCAGAAAAAAUGCAUGGUUUAGGGUGGAGACCUAAAGUUUCCUGGAAAGAAGGAAUAAAGAAAACAAUUGAAUGGUAUAAAGAAAAUUUUCACAACUGGAAGAAUGCAGAAAAAGCUUUGGAGCCCUUUCCUGUGGAAUAAACAUUUUUACCACAAGAAACAUUUAUGGGAGAGAAAGGAAGAAAAUCAUUCUACCUCAUAGAUACUUGAUAUGAUUUCAAGUUUCCAGUCAGAAUCUCCUUUCCUUUGGAAGUAGAUUCAAGUGUUUUUGCACAAAAUCUCAAAGGCAAAAUUAUGUUAUAAAUGAUAGCAUUCUCCAUUCUUGGUAGAGUUAAAUUAGGAAUUUUGUCUUACUCAUGUCAACCAUGUUCUCCUGAAAGGAUAAUAUUACUUUCCUGCACAAUAGGAAAAACAGUGGGCUAUAAGGUGAAUGAAGUGUGGAGAAGCACACCUUACAGAUGUAUCUCUUGAAAAUUCCAUCUGCUAGAGGCCUGCUUCCCAAUGGUAUACUGACCCAGAAAUGAAUCAUGGCAGUGGGGGAGGUAUUACUUGAAGGGCCGUGACCGCUAGUCUUACACAGUGAAUAUAUUACAGAUCUACUUCUUACAAAUUUCAGGCUUUAGUUAAUACAGAGUAAAUUUUUAUCUUAAUUAAAGUUUGAAAUUCCAUUAUAUGAUUUGCAAUAAAAUGGGAAAUACCUGUCUGUACACAGCAAUAAAGAUAUGGGACAAGAUGAAAGCAUUUCAUGCACUUUUAAAUUUUGGUUCUUGAUUUUUAGUAAUUCAUUAACUUCUAUAAAGUUUACAGUGGCAUUUGAAAAUUUCUAAAAGAAUAUAUUUUUAGAAAUAAGAAUGUAACAUUUGUAUAAGUUUUUAAAUUUGUUAUUUUAACUGCAAAAAAAUGAGAAAAAGGAAAUAUAUUGCAAGUCUAGCUUUCAUUUUGUACUUAUGAAAUUAUGUCAUAUAAUUAUGUCAUAUUAAUGUUUUAAUGAGACAUUCAUGCUUUUAUUCUAUUUUCUGUUUGAAAUACAAUGAACCUUUUGUAUAGAUGUUCACAUAACAUUUUAUAUAUAUUCAUGACCAAAAAUAUAUAGCUUUGCCAACUUAGGUUAAAUGAUUCUGGAAAUUUAAAACAUUUAUUCAACAAAUAUUUUUGGAAUAUACUUUGUACAUAUUGAACUUAAAUAUUACAAAUCAGUGUUAUUUUUAAAAAGCCAAAUAAUUGUUUUUGUUUUUAAUUUUUAGAAUUAUUUUUAUACUUCUUUAAGUUCAAUUCUUUUGCUAUCCUGGUUAACAUUAAGUCUUGUAAUAAACAAAAUUUGCUUAUUACAAAAGAAACACAUUCAUUAUAAAAUUAUUUAGAUUUUUAACAUUUAUAAAAUUAUGUUCACAUAAAUAAUUUUCUAUUAAAGCAUUUUACCAUUU